AUGGCUUUAACCCAUAACUUCAAGCACAUAUUCCCCAUAUCCUCUUUAUCUUCUAAACACAAGCACUCUUUAACUACUAAGUUUCCAUUUUCACUCAAUGCCUACACCAACUCUCACUCUUUCAGCACUAGCAUUCCUUCAAGAAUUCACAACCUUCAAAAUCCACUACCAACUUUCACCAGAAGAUUGUUUCUUCCUUCAGUUUCUGGCAUUUGGGAUGCUAUAACAGGAGGCAACAACAAUGCCCGUGAAGCUGUUAUGGCUAUUAGACGUGGAAUGCUACUCUUUAGACAGGGUGAUUUUUUGGGAUCUUUAGUGGAAUUUGACAAGGCAAUGGAGUUGGAUCCUCGUCAAAAAGCUUAUCUUUGGCAAAGGGGGUUAUCACUUUACUACCUUGAUAGGUUUGAAGAAGGGGCAGAGCAGUUUCGAAUAGAUGUUGCACAGAAUCCAAAUGACACGGAGGAGUCAAUAUGGUGCUUUCUCUGUGAAGCUCAAUUGUAUGGAGUUGAUGAAGCAAGGAAGCGAUUUCUUGAGGUCGGUAGAGAUCCGAGACCUGUUAUGCGGGAAGCUUAUAACAUGUUUAAAGAUGGUGGUGAUCCAGAAAAGUUUGCUACUGCAUUUUCAAAUGGGCAGGAGAAUGAGUAUUUUUAUGCAUCUUUAUAUGCCGGUCUAUAUCAUGAAGCUCAGAAAGAACCGGAGGCAGCCAAAGUUCACAUAAUUGCUGCAUGUAGGUCUCCUUAUGGACAAAGGUCUGAUGAUUAUAUGGCGGCUCUCGCCAAGGUUCACUGUUUGUGUCGAAACUGGAGCAGCGACUGA